UUUUCAUUCUGCCUUGUUGGGGUGGCUGUGGUAACACUUCGUCCCAAAAUGGCGGCCGUCGGUGGAUUGCUAAGAGGACGGCUAGCUUUAGUGACUGGAGGUGGGAGUGGCAUCGGACGAGCUGUUUGUGAGGCCUUGGCAAACAGAGGUGCAUCAGUAUCUGUGAUAGACCUUCAUGGUGUGGGAGCAAAAGAGACUUCAGAAAACUUAGCAACACACAAUGAUACCACACGGCACACUCAUUUUGCUGUCAAUGUUGCAUCUUCCUCAGAAGUGAAGGAUUUAUUACAGGCUAUUCACAAAGAGUAUCAACGAGCACCAUGCAUACUUGUAAACUCUGCAGGGAUUGCUAAAGAUGCUUUACUUUUGAAAAUGAAAGAGCAAGAUUUUGAUGAUGUUAUUGAUGUUAACCUGAAGGGGACGUUUCUUAUGUGCCAAACAACAGCUAAAGCAAUGGUCGAAAACAAAAUAAACAACGGUUCUAUUAUCAAUAUAUCAAGUAUUGUAGCAAAGAGUGGUAACAUGGGACAAGCCAACUAUGCAGCAUCAAAAGCUGGUGUUGAGGGUCUAACAAAAGUCUGUGCUAUAGAACUUGCCAGGUUUGGAAUAAGAUGUAAUGCAAUUUUACCUGGGUUUAUUGAUACACCAAUGACCAGAAAGGUCCCUGCUCAUAUAACAGAACAGAUUAAGCAUUUUAUUCCUUUGGGUCGAUUUGGACAGCCUUCCAAUAUAGCAGAUGUGGUGAGCUUUUUAGCAUGUGAUGAGAGCAGUUACAUCACAGGAGCCAGUAUUGAUGUCACAGGUGGAUUGUCACUCUAAAGUAAACCAUGUGGACGACUCAUUUAUGAGAAAGGAUGAUGCAGCAGAUGCAGUGUUCAGUAGUGCAGGCACGACCACAUAAAACUUUUAGCCAAGUAGAGCAUGGCCCCCUAUAUUCAGAUAUUUUGUUUGAAAAUAUCAGGGGCGGCGGAAUGGUCCCAAAAGUUACAGGAUUGUGUGGUUUCGGGGGGGGGGGGGGGGGGCUUGGUUUGACGUAGAGUACCACUAAAAAUGAAUACAAACAGUUUAAAUGUAUGAUGUUGUCUUUUAUCAAGCAGCCAAUUUAAAUCAACUGGACGUUUUUUUUUUUUUUUUUUUUUUUUUUUUUACGUAUUUAGAACAUGUAAACCUCACAUUCGUAUGAAAAAAAAAAUCCGUCUCCUUGCCCCUCCCCGUCCUCCGCCCCUGCUGAAGAACUCC